CUCCAGCUCAUAGGCCCGCGCGCCGCAUCGGCGUGCUUGCGGCUCAAGCCUCAAGCGUUCACCCCGCCCGGCUUCGUCGCCGCCCGCGGCCCAGCGUCGCGCUCCUCCUGCGCGAGGGCUGCUGAGGCCUGGCCGGGAGCCGCGCCUCCGCCCGCGCGAGGCACCGUCCUUGGAGAAGAUGGAAGCGGAGAGGCGGCCGGCGCCGGGCCCGCCCUCCGAGGGCCUGUUUGCGGACGGGCACCUGAUCCUAUGGACGCUGUGCUCGGUCCUGCUGCCGGUGUUCAUCACCUUCUGGUGUAGCCUCCAGCGGUCGCGCCGGCAGCUGCACCGCAGGGACAUCUUCCGCAAGAGCAAGCACGGGUGGCGCGACACGGAUCUGUUCAGCCAGCCCACCUACUGCUGCGUGUGCGCGCAGCACAUUCUGCAGGGCGCCUUCUGCGACUGCUGCGGGCUCCGUGUGGAUGAGGACUGCCUCAAGAAGGCCGACAAGCGCUUCCAGUGCAAGGAGAUUAUGCUCAAGAAUGACAGCAAGGUCCUGGACGCCAUGCCCCACCACUGGAUCCGGGGCAACGUGCCCCUGUGCAGUUACUGUAUGGUUUGCAAGCAGCAGUGUGGCAGCCAACCCAAGCUCUGCGAUUACAGGUGCAUUUGGUGCCAGAAGACCGUACAUGAUGAGUGCAUGAAACAUAGUUUAAGGAAUGAAAAGUGUGAUUUUGGAGAAUUCAGAAACCUAAUCAUUCCACCAAGUUAUUUGACCUCCAUUAAUCAGAUGCGUAAAGACAAAAAAACAGAUUAUGAAGUGCUAGCCUCUAAGCUUGGAAAGCAGUGGACCCCGUUAAUAAUCCUGGCCAACUCUCGUAGUGGAACUAACAUGGGAGAAGGACUGUUGGGAGAAUUUAGGAUCUUGUUGAAUCCAGUCCAGAUUUUUGAUGUAACUAAAACUCCUCCUAUCAAAGCCCUGCAACUCUGUACUCUUCUUCCAUAUUAUUCAGCUCGAGUACUUGUUUGUGGAGGGGAUGGGACUGUGGGCUGGGUCCUGGAUGCAGUUGAUGACAUGAAGAUUAAGGGACAAGAAAAGUACAUUCCACAAGUUGCAGUCUUGCCUCUGGGAACAGGCAACGAUCUAUCCAAUACAUUGGGUUGGGGUGCAGGUUAUGCUGGAGAAAUUCCAGUUGCACAGGUCUUACGGAAUGUCAUGGAAGCAGAUGGAAUUAAACUAGAUCGAUGGAAAGUUCAAGUAACAAAUAAAGGAUACUACAACUUAAGAAAACCCAAGGAAUUCACAAUGAACAACUAUUUUUCUGUUGGACCUGAUGCUCUCAUGGCUCUCAAUUUUCAUGCCCAUCGUGAGAAGGCACCAUCUCUGUUUUCUAGCAGAAUUCUUAAUAAGGCAGUUUACUUAUUCUAUGGAACCAAAGAUUGUUUAGUGCAAGAAUGUAAAGAUUUGAAUAAAAAAGUUGAGCUAGAACUGGAUGGUGAGCGAGUAGCACUGCCCAACUUGGAAGGUAUUAUAGUUCUGAACAUUGGAUACUGGGGCGGUGGCUGCAGACUAUGGGAAGGGAUGGGGGACGAGACUUACCCUCUAGCCAGGCAUGAUGAUGGUCUGCUGGAAGUUGUUGGAGUAUAUGGGUCUUUCCACUGUGCUCAGAUUCAAGUGAAACUGGCGAAUCCUUUUCGAAUAGGACAGGCACAUACAGUGAGGCUGAUUUUGAAGUGCUCCAUGAUGCCAAUGCAGGUGGAUGGAGAGCCUUGGGCCCAAGGGCCCUGCACUGUCACCAUAACUCACAAGACACAUGCAAUGAUGUUAUAUUUCUCUGGAGAACAAACAGAUGAUGACAUCUCUAGUACUUCGGAUCAAGAAGACAUAAAGGAGACUGAAUAGAUGGAUGAGGGAGUGAAAACUGCAUAGAAUCCUCAAAGCAAAGUAGAUAGAUGUUCAUCCAAAAGUAUUACCAGAAUCUCUAUCAGCAUUCAGUCUUAAUUUCGCUAGUAGUAUAAUGGGUAUACAUUUUUGUAAAUAGCAUCCCCAAACCAGCCAGAGUCCAGUUAUUUACAAGUGUUUAUUCUUUUUCAGCAAAAUACUUCAAAUGAAUAUUAUUAACUUUUGAAAAGUCAUAAAAAGUUACAUGAAAGUGAAAUUUUUUUAUGACUGUUUUGAGAGUGGGACUGACUCUGAAGUAUGUGCUGUCUUAGUUUUGAACCAUGCAUUUGAUGGACACACAUUGGAUGGACAUAUGUCUCCAACAAGGUGUGGAUGGAAAGAUCAUUUCCAUCUUCAUUUUUAAGAUGGUGACACCAUCACAUUUUAAAAAUUAACUUGAUUUUUUGAGAAGAAGUAAUUACUGUCAAACCAGCAUGGUUAAUUGUGGGCAUCCUCCUGCAGCAUGCCUCUUACGAUUCUCUACAACCCAAACCAAGUGUGUGUAUUGGUUUCUAGGAACCCCCAAAAGGAAAACAGUAAACAAAAAUAACACUUAAAAUUUUCAUUAUAAUUUUUAUUUUAGGAAGAUAUUCAGACACCUAAAUGUUGUUUAACUCUGUAGGUAACUAUUUGAGCUGAAAUUCAGGAUCUAUUUUAGUGUAGCCAAAAGAGAAACAGAUAAAUUAACUGGUAAGAAAUAAGAUUCAGAACACUUUGGAUUGUAAGUUCCAGGUUCUGAGCUGAAUAGUUCAUCAACUUCUCUUUUUAUUAAAAAACAGUGUCGACACUUUAAAAAAUGUGCUUAAAGGAAACUUAUCAGUGAGAUUAAUUGCUUAGGAAAAGCUCAAGGCUGACUGAUAAGUUUUAAAAAUUCAUUGGUCUUGUAGUAUUUUCAAAUACGGUAGUCUUUUAACAGAAUUUCCCUUUCGGAUGGUAAGUGGACAGAAAUCUCUGCUAAAAUGUUUAUAUCGUAUUUAUUUUAAAAUGAGAGAUAUAUGUUUAAAGUAUUUAUUAUUUACCUUGUGGUAUGAUACCUGUGUUUAGUGUUUACAUUCUGUAGCUUUAUUUAAUAAGUUAAAUUGAUACAUAAAUUCUGCUAGUCACAAUUAGAUAGCAAUUUAGCCAAUUAAGUAAUAAAAAUCCUAAUUUAAUUCUCCUGACAGAUACCUAGAUAUUCUCAUUCCUCAUUGUUUUGCAAAAAGGAGGAGGACAUAAAAAGCACUAGGGAGCUACUUUUAGAUAACUGAAAACUUUGUUUCAUUGUUUCAUUGGCCCCUCAACUGCCACAAACUUACUGAACGGCUAGUUUCAUGGUUCCCAUUAGAGGGUGCUCUUUCACUGCUGUUGACCAGUCCAUCCCUUCAUGUCCCACAGGUAGGCAGACCCAGUGGGUAUCCAGCCUGUGUUUUUCUGACAGAUGGCCCAUUUGUAGGUGCUGUGGUCUUUAAUGACAGUAAUCUCUGAAAGAUCGGAAUGUAUCCCCCAAAGCACCAUUAGCUGUCUUUGAGGGUCUGCUAUGAAUCUGUCAUCUGUGAAUUGCCAUAUACCUAAGUUGGCCUCACUUUAGACCCAGACCAUGUUUUCAGAGAGCAACUCAGUAAUGUAUACAGUAGUCAGUACGUUUUAUGAAAUACUUUAUUUUGCUAAAUUAGCCUCUUCCAGAUCUCAGUGAGUGAUCUUAAAUUCUAGUCUUGAGAAACUUUGUGAGCAGAUCUCUUUUGAACUUACUUAUACCUACCUUUCAUGGUAGGUAACCAUGGCAGUGGGGAUGGCAGAGUUUUUGGGUUUUUUUAAUGAGCCAAUCAUGUUGUGAGUGUUAUGAACUUUAUUCUUUCAUUUAUGUUCACAAUUGUUAAAGAUACCACAUUUUAUAAAUACACUAUGAAAUUCACUUUGCUGUAGGUUAUAGUUUACCUGUUAUAUAAUUCAUAGUGCUAAUUGUAGAAGCAAAGUAAAUAAUCAAUUUAGGAUGUUGAAAUUAAAAUAAUCACAAUAAUAUAGUUUCUUUUAAUUGCUAAAACUACAAUUAAAAUUUUAAUAUUAGCCAUAAUAUUACACCGUAUUUAGAACAGGCUUAUAUACAAUGUUCUCAUUUAUUUAAACAAAUUGAUUUUUUGGUUAUCAUAAUCUAGUGAUGUUUUUACAUCACUAUUGAUUGUCAUGGAGUUUUUCUGCUGGCUUAUUCACUCAUUUAGACUUCUUUUAGGGAAGCUAUUUCAGAAUAGCAUAUCAUAAAACAUAUCACUAUCUUGUUUUUGCAAAAUUACUUUUUUGGGCACAUUGACCCAGCAUUUCAAAUAAAUGUAGAGGCAUGUGCCUUGUUUAAAUAAGUACAAUUUGUAAGACUUCAUGUUUGCAAGUUACUUAUUAGAGUAGUGAUUGUUUAUAUUACCAGGGAUUCUAUACUUUACCAAAAAAAUUGCCAUAAGAUUUUCCUGUUCCAUUUUAAAUUGUCUUGAUAUUUAAAAAAAAAAAAUUCUACAUUCUCAGGAAGAAAUACAUGAACUAAAUCAUAUCUCCAUGUCUGUUUCCAGAUUUCUCUCAUCUUUUUACUAUCCCAAUACAUUCCUAACUCCUAUAAACUUAGUGGCUUAAAUACUGAAUACCUGGCAGCUCUUACAGAUCCCAUAGGCAGAUGAUGAUAAUUUUCAGUGCUUUGUCAUGUUGAAUAGAAAUCAAACUGACUUGUUUUAAAAUACAAGUUGUCUACUAGUAAGAUUACAUGAUUUAAAUGUGUUUUAGGUUUUCUGCAACAAAUCAGCUGUAAACCCCUAAUGUAGCUAAUGUUUAUACAAAUUUUAUAGUCAAAAUUAUUUAUUUUUAUUUUUUUAGAGUGUUUCAAAAAUAUAGUGUUUGCUUUGUUAAAUAUAUUUGCUUAGAGUCAUAAAGUAUACUAUGACUCAGAAAUUGUAAAGUCCAUUUGCAUUGUAAAAAUGAGUACUACCAGCAUGUCAAAAGAAAAAUAAUUUGCAUUUGUAAUAUAAACUAAAAUUGUAUUUAAUGUAUUUAUUGAAUUUUAAAUUUGCACUAACUUGAAAACUUUAAAGGUUAUACUAAUUUACAGAUUAAUGUGGACCCAAAUAUGUAAUUUGUUUGGCCAAAAAGGUCAUUAGAAUGGGUAAUAGUUUGUGUGGUUUUCCUUCAAAAUGGUAAUAUUGAAGCAAGAACCAGCGUUUUAUAUUGAGAAUUUUUUAAAUAUUUCUACCCGAUUGAGGACAGUGGAAUAUAGAUUUAUUUAAAAUAUGUAGAUAUUUAAAAUUUUUUUGAUGUUGUUUAUCCCUAUCUGAAUUCAUUCUCAGCAACAAGACAGAAAAGGUGGUUUGGAUUUUUCUUUUAAAAAGUGUGCCCUUGCCUUUUUCAAUUUUUCCCUUGAAGCCUUUCUCUACCUGUUUCUUGGAGUACGCUUUGCAGAAGUAUGCUCUGCAGGAAUACGAGCUGCACGAGUAUGCUCUGCAGCAUCAGAAUGCAUGGGCAGGCUGUUGAAAGCAUGGAUUCCUGAGCCCAGCCUUUGACUUAAAGAUUCUCUGUCUCUGGAGAUGCAACAUAGAAACCUCUUUUCAUUCACAAGCACCUCAGGCGAUUCUUAAGCAUACUGAAAUUUGAAAGCUUCUGGUCUGAACCUCAUAUAUUCACCUAGGGCUUUCGCCAGGUGGGAUACCAUGCCAAAAAAUUGAAUUAAAAUUGUUUUUCUUCUACUCCACUGUCCCCAAAAUCACUUUUCUAAAAGAACUCUGUGAAAAACUUGUUUGUAUCAUACCCAAAUUGAUAUAUUUGUCUGAACUCUAUUACAUAAAAAUUGGUAUGAUUUGUACAUGG